UGCUCGGCUUUCUCAGUUGCGAAUGCGGACACUAGCUAGUGAAGUUUAUACUGCUAGCUAGCUGUUCAACAUGUUUUCUUAAUUUAUUCGGUAGCUUUAUGACCUUAGUUUACAAGCGGAUUGAGUUUAAGUAAGUCAUCCGCUUGGACACCUCGCUAAGGGUUUUCAUCAAGCUACCCCUGCCCCAGCCAUGCCGUAUAUUAAAAAAUCUCAAAAAAAUCAGCCAUUCUCAACAUUGUUGGAUAUCAAGUCACAGAAAUGUGGACUGCGGCGCACAAUUUUCUCUGGCAAUGGAAAUGAAUACACUGGAGAGUGGCAGGACAGCAAGAAGCAUGGGAAGGGAACUCAGGUUUGGAAGAAGUCUGGUGCCAUUUACAAUGGAGAGUGGAAAUUUGGAAAACGUGAUGGAUAUGGUACCUACAGUGUGCUACUCCCAGCAGCAAAGGAGUAUGCAAAGAAGUACUGUGGUGGAUGGAAAAAUGGAAAGAAGCAUGGGUAUGGGAUGUACUUCUACAAUAACUCAGCAGUUUAUGAGGGGGAGUGGAGUGAGGACCAUCGGAAUGGCUGGGGAAGGAUGUACUACGAGAGUGGAGAUAUCUAUGAGGGAGAGUGGAUGAAGGAUAAGAAUCAUGGACAGGGCAUCAUUCGAUUUGCAAAUGGAAAUUGGUAUGAAGGCACUUGGCGAGAUGGCAAGAAGAACGGUAAUGGAAAGUUCUACUAUUCUGACAAAGGCCAAAUUUAUGAAGGCCUUUGGGUGGAUGGAGUAGCAAAAUGUGGGACCCUGUCUGAUUGUGGGAGGGAUGAAGCACCGACACCGACAAAAUAUCCAAUUCCACAGCUACACCUGGUGGAUAUGCAGUUGGUUUUAAGGGAAGCCCAGUCAGCCUACCUUGAUCAGUGUUGAAGAACAACAACAAGAGGAUCAACAGCAAGUUUCCAUUUGACCACACACUCAAACAAAGAAUAAAAAAAGAAAAGAAAUGGCAUGAUGGCAUUCAGCAUGUUCAAUUUUGUCAAAACAUUUACACCCAAAUAAUUUGUUCUCGUUUGUGUAGCAAACCAAAAACAUCUAUCGAUAUUUCAAAUGAGUUGAAAACAAUAGUGAUAUAACUUAAUGUGUUAAUCCAGUUUUCUACCAACACAGAUGUUUAAACACUGUAACUGUCAUGAUAAUAAAAGGCACGCUGCUAACUCUCAUUAUCACAUAACAGAACAGUUAAAUUCUAGGGUUCCUAAAACAUCAUCAAACUACAUACAUGAAGAAAAAUACGUAAUGAUAUGCCUAAUUACUGAAUUCACUACAUUAGACCUACUUGAUACUAAUGUAAAAACAUAAUCAAAGGGUAUCAAAGCUGGUCAUGUGAUAAAUUCAAAACAAGUAUACAUGGAAUAUCCAAAUGGCACAUCCACUUAUUUUUUCGUAUAGGGUCUGAUCACUGUCUGAUUAACUGACUGAUCAAAUCUUAGCCUUUACUGUAUUUUCUUUACGCUGCAUUCUGACAAUAUUCGUACACAAGUCCCUGUGAACUUGUAACAGUUAACUGAUAAACAAGCCACACUUUAUUAUUCAAUAAAAAACGUUCUGAUGCUG